ACAUGUAUAAUAGGAGUAAUAGUACAUGUGAAAACGUAAACUUCGUUGAACAUAAAAAUGCUACAAAAUGGAGUGUACUGUUUGUUGGUGUAAUAAUUGUAAUGUUUACAGUGAUCUUUAACAUAACUGUAAUUGUUAAGAUAAACCGGAAACGGAAGUUGAAGACAUUUGCGCGAUUUUUCCUGACAUCGUUAGCUUCGGUUGACCUUUGUGUAGGGGUCACAAUAAUGCCGGUGAAUAUAGUUAAUGAACUGUACGGUUUGAAACAGACUGCUGGGAUGCUCUUUUGCGACAUCUUGAACACUUUGGAUUACAUGCUGAGCACAGCUUCAAUAUUUUUUCUCACAAUACUAACAUUUGAUAGGUACAUUGCUCUCUGUAAACCAUUCGAAUAUCACAGACUCUGUAACAAAAGGAUGAUUGUCAUUAUUACAUUUUCUACAUGGUUAUUUAUUAUUGCAAUAGCAUUCGGAAUUAUCCCGACCGGAAUGGUGUACUACGGGGUACCGGAAGAUAUCCUGUUCUGUGUUCUAAAAGAAGAAAAGGCCUGCGUUUUUCUCAUGAGCAAAUAUUUCGCGGUUUUAUCCUCAACAAUUUCUAUUCUUGUGCCAGUUAUAACUAUUACUUACCUAAACGUACAACUUGCAUGUCAUAUACGUCGACAAAGCAAUAUCAGCGCCAAGAUAGGUUUUAACGGCAGUACUGCCACAUUUAUAGACCACAGACACACUUCGCAGGGUGUACAUGUUGCCAAAACGAUUGCUGUUUUAACAAUCAGUUUCUUGUUCUGUUGGGUACCAUUUUUCAUUGUGUUAAACAUCAGUGUGUUUUCUGAAUACACUCUCUCGUACGGAAUAUAUGUAGUUGCCAAUUGGUUAGGGUAUUUGAAUUCAACAAUUAAUCCGUUUUUAUACAUUCUCCUCGAGAGAAAGUCUUGCAUUGGAAGACAUUGAAUCAUGUGGUAAAUCACGUGAUGUUAGUCUGAAUCACGUGUUUCACGCGUUUGUGUUCGGACAAUUGUAUUUCCAAGGAUCGCUGUACUCGGUUUAACUGACAUGCAUCCAAUAUAACUGCCAAAGGAGCCGUACAAGAUGAUUGAUUUGUGAAACAAAGAAUCGUUUUAUUUCAUUGAAAAUU